CGCGGGUCCUCCUUUCCGGCCCGGAGGAUUGUCCAUAAGGAGAGCUUUCCCUCCUUGAAAAUUAAAGCCUAGCAGUCCUGAGCUAUUAGUCCAAAUGUCUGCAUCAACUCUCCUUCCACAAACUUCAGAGGAGCCUGAUAGCAUUCUGGUAGUGAAGAUGGAAGGGAAAGAGGAGGCCUGUAAUCUGGAAUCCAGCCUCCACUGGAAAAGCUGCUACAGCCCAGAGACUUUCCGCCAGCGGUUCAGGCAGUUUGGCUACCAGGAGUCCCCUGGGCCUCGGGAGGCUCUAAACAGGCUCCGGGAGCUUUGCUGUCAGUGGCUAAGGCCGGAGGUGUACACCAAGAAGCAGAUUCUGGAGCUGCUGGUGCUGGAGCAGUUCCUGGCCAUCCUGCCAGAGGAGCUGCAGGCCUGGCUACGAGAGCACCGGCCAGAGAAUGGAGAGGAGGCUGUGACUAUGCUGGAGGAGCUGGAAAAAGAGCUUGAUGGGCCAGCAGAGCAGGUUUUUGGACAGAAUGCAGAGAAAGUGGCAGCUUGGGAAAUCACUCAGGAGUCUCCAAGUGGCCAGCCCAAGCCUGCGAAGAAGCAGCUGCAGUGCACAUCACGGGAGCUUCACUCCUCCAGACAAAACGAUAAAGACACUAGAACUAUAAAUGUGAAAUCAGCUUCGAGGCAAAAGACUUCUUCGGACAUAGAGUUGCAUCACAAUAUUUCUAACACUGUUCAUAUGAAUGCUUCCCAAAGCUUCACAUCUAGAGGAACUGGUGAACAAAAUGGCAUGUUUGAAAGAAGACAUAGAAAUCCUUCUCGAAAAAAACAACACAAGUGUGAUGAAUGUGGCAAAACGUUUAGUCAGAGCUCAGCCCUCAUCCUACAUCAGAGAAUCCACAGUGGAGAGAAACCUUAUGCAUGUGAUGUGUGUGCAAAGGCUUUUAGCCGAAGUGCAGUCCUGAUUCAGCAUAGAAGAAUCCACACUGGGGAAAAACCCUACAAGUGUCAUGAAUGUGGGAAAGCCUUUAGUCAGAGCUCAAAUCUUUUCAGACAUAGAAAAAGUCACACUAGAGGAAAAAGUCCCAUCAGUAUUGUGAGGGAAUCGAAGCAUUUACUCAGAACGUUUUCAACAGAGGAAGAAGACAUAAGGCACAAACAACUUCUUAGUAUAGAUCAGUGGUUUUAAUGAGCACCAGUUUCCUUUCAAAGGUCAUAAAAGUCACAGGAGAGAAUAGAGACUAUCUUAUGUCAGCAUUGUUUGUUUUUCUGCUUAUCAACACAUCAAUUCAGAUGUCUGAGAUUCUAAAAUUUAAUUCAGAUUUUCAUCCCUAGGGUAGCUCUUGAAAAGGCAUUCUUAGACAUGUUCUGCUAUUUCUAGUCUUAGCACAAAUGAUGAAGUUGAACAGUUGACCCUUGAACAACAUUGGUCUGAGCUGCACAGGUCUACUUUAUGUGGAUUUUUUCAAUAGAUAACACAGUCGACCUUCUGUAUUCCUGGGCUUCUACCAACUGCAGAUUGAAAACAGUAUUUUCGC